AUGGCGCCAAGGAGAAUCGAGCAGUGCUGGAGCGUGCUGAGGCUGCUUCGGGUCUGCGCGCUUCUCUCCGCUGUCGGCCGGACCCGCGCCGUGACAGGAUCGACUUCCCAUGGCCACGUGGACCUCACGGAGCUCAUUGGUGUCCCGCUGCCCUCAUCCGUGUCCUUUGUCACAGGCUAUGGUGGCUUCCCGGCCUACAGCUUUGGGCCUGGUGCCAAUGUGGGCCGCCCAGCCAGGAUCCUCAUCCCCCCCACUUUCUUCCGGGACUUCGCCAUCAGCGCCACCGUGAAGCCCGGCAGUGCCCGAGGCGGCGUGCUCUUUGCCAUCACAGAUGCCUUCCAGAAGGUCAUCUACCUGGGCCUGCGGCUCUCUGGCGAGGAGGAUGGCCACCAGAGGAUCAUCCUCUACUACACGGAGCCCGGCUCCCAUGUGUCCCAGGAGGCUGCUGCCUUCUCGGUGCCCGUGAUGACCCAGAGGUGGAACCGUUUUUCCGUGAUCAUCCAGGGCGAAGAAGUGACCCUCCUGGUGGACUGCGAGGAGCACAGCCAUGUCCCCUUCCAGCGGUCCUCCCGGGCCUUGGCUUUCGAGCCCAGUGCAGGGCUCUUCGUGGGCAGUGCGGGAGCCACGGGGCUGGAGAGAUUCAUCGGCUCCAUACAGCAGCUCACCAUCCACCCUGACCCUAGGACUCCAGAGGAGCUGUGCGAAGCUGAAGAAUCCUCGGCAUCCGGAGAGGCCAGCGGGCUCCUGGAGACGGCCGGAGUCGCUGAGAUCGUAGAAGCCAACACCUACACUCAAGCCCCGCCUAAAGAAGCAAAAGUUGAACCCAUAAACACCCCUCCAACUCCAUCGCCUCUCCCUGAGGAUGUGGAGCUUUCUGGCGAGCCUGCAGCUGAGGGGACCCCGGAAACCACCAACCUGAGCAUCGCCCUGCACAGCAGCCCUGAGCCAGGGUCCGGGGAGCCCCUGAAUGGCACGCUGGAGGGGGCGGAUACCGUGAACAGUGCCUCCGUUACAGACCCCGGCUCCGGGGGUGGGGCCUUCCUUCACGUCACUGAAGAGGGUCCACAUACUGAAGAAGGUUUGGCAUCAACAGCAGCAGCCGGAGGAGCCGAGGUGACCGUCGGCUCUGUGGGGGAAGAAGAGGCCAGCACCUUGCCCACCGGGGGGCUGGCCCUCUCCGUGUCCACCCAGGACCCCAGGGAAGGGGUCUCUUCAGGUCCAGAUACUGAAGAAGGUUCAGCAGCAAUAGCAAUAGAGGAGGCCGAGAUGCCCACUAGCGCUGAUGGGGAAGCCGAGGCCGACAGUGUGCCCACCGGGGGACCAGCCCUCUUCCUGUCCACCCAGGGGCCUGGGGAAGGGGUCUCUCUGGGUCCAGUCAGUGAAGGGAGUUUGACAACAGCAGCGGCUGCGGCAGAGAUGUCCCUCAGCACUUUGGAGGAUGAAGAUGAGGAGGCCAGCAGGGUUCCCACCAGUGGCCCACCUCCCGUCGUAACCACAGCAGCCCCUGAGCAAGCGGUCACUUUUGGUCCUAGUGAGGAUGAAGACUUAGGAGCAGCCACAACGGAGGAGCCCUGUACCACGGCCGAGGCAGAGGAGUCGGGCAGCACCCCCCCCGAGGGGCCCCCGCUCCCCGUACCCACAGCGACCACCCCUGAAGCAACUGUGACCCCUGACACAGCAGUGGGAGUGGAGGCAGAGGGCUCUGGCCUGGGCUGGGGCUCGGACAUCGACUCUGGCUCCGGUGACCUGGGGUGCGGUGAGGAGCUGUUAAGGGGUCCCCCAGGCCUCCCAGGCCCCACUGGCCCACCUGGCUUACCAGGGAUUCCAGGAAAACCAGGAACUGAUGUUUUCGUGGGACCCCCUGGGUCUCCUGGAGAAGAUGGAGCUGCUGGUGACCCUGGGCUCCCGGGCCCCGAAGGACAGCCUGGACGUAACGGAGCCACUGGUCUUCCCGGAAUGAAAGGGGAGAAGGGAGCAAGAGGGCCCAAUGGCUCAGUUGGUGAAAAGGGUGACCCCGGCAACAGAGGCUCACCAGGACCCCCAGGGAAAAAUGGACAAGCUGGCACUCCUGGGGUCAUGGGACCCCCAGGGCCUCCUGGACCCCCAGGCCCCCCAGGCCCUGGAUGUACAAUGGGACUUGAAUCUGAGGACACCGAAGGCUCUGGAAACAUCAAGCUACUGCAGGGACCCAGCAUCUCUGGACCAGUAAUGACAAUUGGUCCCAAAGGAGAAAAAGGAGAGCCAGGACUCAAGGGUGAAAGAGGGAUGGAUGGAGCCAGCACUAUGGGCCCCCCUGGGCCCAGGGGGCCACCAGGGCGCAUCGAGGUCUUAUCUAGUUCUUCGAUCAACGUCACUCAUGGAUUCAUGAAUCUCUCGGACAUUCCUGAGCUCGUUGGGCCUCCGGGCCCGGCGGGCGUGCCUGGGCUUCCCGGGUUCCCAGGCCCUAGAGGACCAAAAGGGGACACUGGCGUGCCUGGAUUUCCAGGACUAAAAGGAGAACAGGGUGAGAAGGGAGAGCCGGGCGCCAUCCUGACGGGGGAUGUUCCUCUGGAAAGGCUGAGGGGACAAAAGGGUGAACCUGGAAUGCAUGGAGCCCCGGGACCAAUGGGGCCCAAAGGACCACCAGGACACAAAGGAGAAUUUGGCUUCCCUGGACGACCUGGUCGACCAGGACUGAAUGGCUUCAAGGGUGCCAAAGGAGAUCGAGGAAUCAUGAUGCCGGGCCCACCUGGCUUGCCUGGUCCUCCAGGUCCCCCUGGACCACCUGGAGCUGUGGUUAACAUCAAAGGAGCUGUCUUCCCCAUACCAGCCCGGCCACACUGCAAAGUGCCCGUUGGUACUGCUCAUCCUGGGAACUCAGAACUCAUCACCUUUCACGGUGUUAAAGGAGAAAAAGGAUCCUGGGGUCUUCCUGGCUCAAAAGGAGAAAAAGGCGACCAGGGGGCGCAGGGACCACCAGGCCCUCCAGUGGAUCCAGCUUACCUGAGACAUUUUCUGAACCAUUUGAGGGGAGAGAAUGGAGACAGGGGGCUCAGAGGAGAAAAAGGAGACUCUAUUGACGAGUUUGCAGUGUCAGGGCCUCCAGGCCUGCCAGGAAGUCCAGGCCUGGUUGGCCAGAAAGGGGAGGCUGUUGUUGGGCCUCAGGGCCCCCCAGGUGUUCCUGGCCUGCCUGGGCCCCCUGGCUUCGGAAGACCUGGUGCUCCUGGGCCACCAGGACCCCCGGGGCCACCAGGACCUCCGGCUAUCCUAGGGGCAGCUGUGGCCCUGCCAGGCCCGCCAGGCCCUCCAGGACAACCCGGGCUUCCCGGAUCCAGAAACCUGGUUACAGCCUUUAGCAACAUGGAUGACAUGCUGCAAAAAGCGCACUUGGUGAUAGAAGGGACGUUCAUCUACCUGAGGGACAGCACUGAGUUUUUCAUUCGUGUCAGAGAUGGUUGGAAAAAAUUACAGCUGGGAGAACUGAUCCCCAUUCCGGCCGACAGCCCUCCACCCCCUGCGCUCUCCAGCAACCCACAUCCGCUCCAGCCUCCACUGGCGUCUGUUUCAAAUGUCCAUUAUGAGAGGCCAGCACUCCACUUGGUUGCUCUGAACAUGCCAUUUUCUGGGGACGUUCGCGCUGACUUUCAGUGCUUCCAGCAGGCCAGAGCUGCAGGACUGUGGGCCACCUACCGAGCAUUCUUAUCCUCCCAUUUGCAAGAUCUCUCAACAGUUGUGAGGAAAGCAGAGAGAUAUAGCCUUCCCAUAGUGAACCUCAAGGGCCAAGUCCUUUUCAAUAAUUGGGACUCAAUUUUUUCUGGCCAUGGAGGUCAGUUCAGUACACAUGUUCCAAUAUACUCCUUUGAUGGCCGAGACGUGAUGACAGAUCCUUCUUGGCCCCAGAAGGUCGUUUGGCACGGCUCCAGCACCCACGGAGUGCGUCUUGAGGAUAACUACUGUGAAGCCUGGCGAACGGCCGACGUGGCAGUCACAGGAUUGGCCUCCCCGCUGAGCACAGGGAAGAUUCUGGACCAGAAAGCAUAUAGCUGCGCUAGUAGGCUAAUUGUUCUCUGUAUUGAAAACAGUUUCAUGACAGACGCUAGGAAGUAAUGACCUUCCCAUGAUCCCGAAGAGUUUCCCAGUUUUUCUUAUGUGAAGAGU